AAAAGGAAGAUGGGACGCUGAUUUGGAAUACUUUGAAGAGGGUUUUUCUCUCUGAUUUGGGAUGUUGUUUGAGAGAAAGCCCUACGUAUACUACUUUGUGAAGCCCUAACUGAUUUUCAGAGAUUUGUGAAGCCCUAACUGAUUUUCAGAGACAGAAAAGCAGAGCUGAAGGAUUAAGUUUGGGGAACUAAUCCUAUAGUUUGGUUGAGAUUGACAGCACCGGCAUCAGUGAAGGAUGUCUGCAGACGACCUUGAGCACCUACUUCUUGAGGCAGCAGGGAGGACAUCCACAUCCGGAAGGAAGAAGCCUUCACAAACUCAGCCGAAGAGGAGACAUGAGGGUUCCUAUUCUGAUGACGGAAGCGACCCCAAAUACGAAAGUGAGGAUGAUGACGAUUCCGAUGGCCCUGGUUACCCGAGCCGAAAGCCCUCAGGAUCUCAAGUGCCUCUCAAAAAGAGAUUUGAAACUGCUGACAAGGACGACAUGAGGGGAAAAGGUGACCGUGAUGGUGGCAGUGAUGACUCUGACAGUGGGCUUUCGGUGGGCAGCGACCUCUACAAGGAUGAGAAUGAUAGAGAAGAGCUCUCGAGGAUGACGGAGCUCGAACGGGAGAUGAUAUUGACUGACAGAGCCGAUAGACGAGAUAAUUUAAUGAGGAUGAAGAAGGCAGAGCGACAGGGUGACAAGUCUCGGUCUACUGGGAAGGAAUUGAUGGCUCCCCCACAAGCUCGAGGGCGCUCCUCGGCGAAGUCAGACCGUAUGGCAAACAAGGAUGCUUUGACUGAACUGCUUGCUAAAAUGCAACGGAAGUCAAGGAAUAGGAGUGAGAGGCAAGAUUUGAUGGUUGUGAGGAACAAGGCGGCGGCAGCAGCAAGCCCUGUGAGCGACUCGCCACCGUCAAGUGGGGUGCGCAGCAGCAGUGAUGGCCGCGAGGUCUCAGUGGAGCUCGGUGAGAGUGACGAGGACGAAGGACCCACCUCGGGCUCAGAGCACCCAACCUUUGAGGACAUCAAGGGCAUCACAAUCCGAAGGUCUCGGCUUGCCAAGUGGUUCUUAGAGCCCUUCUUCGAGGAGGCGAUCGUGGGGUGCUUUGUCCGUGUGGGCAUUGGGACGUCGCGGUCAGGUCAGAGCAUCUACCGGCUCUGCAUGGUGCGAAAUGUUGAUGCCUCGGACCCUGACCGGCAGUACAAGUUCGAGAACCGCACCACUCACAAGUACCUCAACUGUGUAUGGGGAAGUGAGGCCUCGGCGGCAAGGUGGCAGAUGGCACGGAUCUCUGAUUCGGCACCUCUCGAGAAGGAGUUCUUGGAGUGGGUUCGCGAGGUUGAGAGGGGCGGGGGCCGCAUGCCCACAAAGCAGGAUGUAAUUGAUAAGGGCGAGGCAAUACAAAGGCUAAGCAGCAGUUUCGUGUACUCGGCUGCCACUGUGAAGCAGAUGCUGCAAGAGAAGAAAUCAGCAUCGACAAGGCCCUCAAACAUCGCUGCCGAGAAGGACAGGCUGCGCAAAGAGAUGGAGCUGGCGGAGAGCCGGCUCGACCAUGCUGAAGCUGAGAGGGUCAGGGCAAGGCUCCAAGAGCUCGAGAACCUCUCUCAACAAAGCAAAAAGAAGGAUGCGAAGGCAGUGAUGCUUGCUGAGAUGAAUAGGAGGAACAGGGCUGAGAACUUCAAGAAUGCGUCAGAGCUCAAGCCUGUUAACACAUCUCUCAAGGCAGGGGAGGCAGGGUACGACCCAUUUUCGAGGAGGUGGACCAGGUCUCGAAACUACUAUGUUUCGAAGCCCGAGGGAGGGGGAGAGGUUGUAAAGGAGGAGGCCGAGACGGCAGCAACGAAGGCGGCAUUAGAGGCAGCUGCAGAUGCAGGGAAGUUGGUAGAUACAAAGGCACCGGUGGAUGAGGGGACCGAGUCCCAUUCGCUGCAUGAUUUCGAGCUACCGAUAUCGCUGGCAGGAUUGCAGAGGUUUGGGGGGCCGCAGGGAGCGCAGCUGGCGUUCAUGGCGAGGAAGCAGCGCAUAGAGGCAACUAUUGGGGUGCGUGUUCCCGAGAAUGAUGGGCGAAGGCAUUCGCUGACGCUAAGUGUGAGCGAUUACAAGAGGCGUAGGGGCUUGGUGUAGUACAAGGAAGGCUGGGCACAGUGUGAUGGGGUUUGUUGGUGAUCGGUUUCUUCAUAUUGAAUGUGUGCGAGAACGGGGUCGGUUUGCUUUGAGGGGAAGCGUGGCGCAGUUGUGUGAUGAUUGUAGUUUACUUAUUUGAUUUAGUAUUUUCGUUUUUCUAUGAUAUCUUGUUUAUGCCUUCCAUGAAAUGGGUGAGUUUGAAUUCUGUUAUUGUUUUGCAGGAUUUAUUGCAUGCGUAUGAGUUGGGGGA